AUGGCAAAUCACAUCAAUGGUCAAAACCUGUCCAAAAUACUUAUUCUCAUUUGCCUUCUUUUAAACUUUGCUGAUUGUCUAUCAAUAAACUAUAAAAAAGAAAACACAAAAAUCUACAAAAACAACCAAAAUCCCUUCUUGAAUUUAAACUCCUUCAAACAUUUAAAGCCAUUCAACUCUUCGUUCAUAAAGACUAAAGUCAACUUUACUAAAAACCUGAAUUUACACUCAAACUCAUUUUUGGACUUGGAUCUUUCGAACAAAUUAUUAGAAAACCUGCUAAAUUCAUUUGAUAACAAAGAUCAUCGUAACAUUUCUGCUUCAAACGAAGAUGAAAACGACAAUCAAUACAACCAUUACAAUCCAAUCAAAAACUAUGCUCCUUACACAACUUUAUGCCCUUUGAAUGAACGCUUGGUAAGAUCUGCGUAUUUUGAUGGACUUAACCAACCUUCCUCACAACUAUCGCUAUCACUAGAAGAACAGAACUAUAUUGCAAAUAGACAACAAAAGACCCAGGUAGCUCUUGAAAACUAUCUUAACAGAAUCAGUAUCGAUGGCUUCAACUGCUCUCACUUCCUAAAACUAUCUUCAAAACCCACCACCAUCAGCAUAGCCAUAUCUGGUGGUGGAUAUAGAUCAAUGCUCACAUCUGCUGGAGCAAUAAGUGCUCUAGAUAUAAGAACCAAAAACUCAACCAAUCUGGGUCAUUUGGGUGGUUUGCUACAAUCUACAUCAUACAUUUCAAGUGUGUCUGGUGGUUCUUGGUUACUCACCUCUUUAAUGUUCCACAACUUCAAAAGUAUUGAAGAAUUAAGAGAUGAUAGCAAGUAUUGGCGCUUAGAUUCUCCAUUGUUAGAAGGAAUACCUGAUGUUAAUAUUGAUGUUAAUAAGUUAGAGAGUACUGGAGACAACCAGAAAAACAAUGAGAACAAUUUUGACUUUGGCAACAGUAACAGUAAUGGUAACUUUCCAAAAAUGACUUUUAAAGAUAAAAUUUUGAAAUCAUUAAAUCUCAGUGGCAAACAAAAACGCGAGAAUCCUAUACAUGACCAUGAUUCUGAUUCCAAUUUCGAUUUCAAUCCAAUAACUGAUAGUAAUAAUAAUAAUAAUAAUAAUGAUAUUUUGGAUUUUCAAAGUUAUUUUCAUUUCGAUAAUAUUGAUGCUUAUGAAUCUCCUUUCAGCGACUAUCACUAA